AUGAUUAGUCCCACCUCUCUUCUCCUCCUCCUCCUGACCCUGCUAGCGCCCUGGCCAACUCAGGUGCAGCCGACCACCGCCACCGACGUCUCCGGCAUGAUCACUCAGGUCUGCGACCACACCCUGAACAAGAGGCUGUGCCGGUCGGUCCUGGAGACGGGCGGCGAGGCCAGCGACCUCCCGGGCCUCGCCAGGAUCGCCCUGAGGGCCGCGCUGGCGAAAGCCAGCGCCAUCUCCAACCGCAUCACCGACCUCGCCCGCGCAGCCCGCACCGACCCCUUCGUGCGGCAGUGCCUGGCGGACUGCUCCGACGACUACCAGGACGCCAUGGACCAGAUCGAGGACUCCCUGUCGGCGCUCGACUCCCGGGGCUACGACGACAUGAGCGCGUGGGUCGGGGCGGCGAUGAACGACGCCGACUCGUGCGAGGAAGGGUUCAAGUCGAAGAUGGGGUACCGCUCGCCGCUCACCGAUAUGAACGCCGCGUUCCACGACAUAUGCACCAUCGCGCUCGCCGUGAACAACCUGCUAAUCGAGACGUGA